AUGUCUUCAAGAGAGUCUAAAUCGCAUCGCAUGCACAAAGAAGGUGAAGAUGCUUUCUCAAGUUCUCACUCCUCUACCUCAUCUAGAAGUUCUAGCGCUAGUUUGGUUGUCACGAAAGCAAAGGCUAAGGCAGAGGCAGCUAAGGCAAGAGCAGCUCAUGCAAAGAAAGAAAUUGGAAUUAAAGUGGAACAAGCACGUCUUCAAGCAACAUUAGAGGCACUGCAGGAGGAGAAAGAAAGAGAUGCAGCUAUAGCAGAAGCAGAAACUCUAGCAGCAGCCUUCACAGAAGUAGACCAUGUGUCAGCAUCUGAGUUUCCUAAAGAAAACAGUGUCCAACGCACCGAAGACUAUGUAAGACAACAAGCAUCUAGUUAUAAUCCACAAAGUAAUCUUGAGCAUAUGUCAGAUACUUACAGCUUGGCCAAAUACCUUGCACGCAGUCACUUGGUAACUUCUGGAUUGAACACCUUUGAUGAUAAACCUAUAAAUUAUUGGGCUUGGAGAUCAUCUUUUAAAAGUUCUAUUGCAGACCUUGAUCUCAAGCCAGAGGAAGAGAUGGAUUUGCUCAUUAAAUAUCUCGGCAGAGAAUCAUCGGAACAGGUACGAAGAAUAAAAUCAGUUAAUAUUAGGCACCCAUUUGAAGGUCUACAAAUGGCUUGGGAGAGGUUAGAGGACUUGUAUGGCUCACCAGAGGCAAUUGAAAGAGCUCUAUUCUUCAAACUGGAAAACUUCCCUAAAAUUUCAGGUAAAGAUCUGUAUAGGCUGCGUGAUCUUGGAGACCUGCUUGCAGAGCUGGAGGCAGCAAAGCUGGAUGGCUAUCUUCCUGGGUUAUCCUACCUUGACACUGCUCAUGGAGUGAGCCCUAUCGUAGGAAAGCUUCCUUAUAAUAUCCAAGAAAAAUGGAUAUCUUAUGGUUCGAAGUACAAGAGAGAGAAUUCUGUGGCCUUUCCACCAUUCUCUGUAUUUGCUGAUUUUAUUCGCUUGGAAGCUAAAACAAGAACAGACCCAAGCUUUACUAUUUUUCCUUCAGUACCACAGGAUAGGAGAGACAGACCAGAUAAAUAUAGGUACACCUCUAUAGCUGUUCAUAAAACUCAAGUUAACAUGCCUGAAACAAGAGAUGCAACUUACAGAAUAAAAUCUGUUGAUCCUCAUCGAUACUGUAUCAUUCAUGAUAAGCCUCAUCCACUAAAAAGAUGCAGAGGCUUCAGAUCGAAAAGUCUUGAAGAUCGCAAACAGUUCCUUAAGGAACAUUCAAUAUGCUUCAGGUGCUGCUCUUCUGUAGAUCAUAUGGCAAAGAACUGCAAAGCUGAAAUCCACUGUUCUGAAUGUGAUAGUGAUCGUCAUGUUUCAGCUCUACAUCCUGGUCCAGCGCCCUGGAAGAAAACCAUCCCUCCUGUCUUAGAAGAUGGCGGGGAGGAAAGAGAAUUAACCAAUCAGGAGGUAACAUCAAAGUGUACGGAAGUGUGCGGAGCUGGAAUGAGUGCCAGAGCUUGUUCCAAGAUUUGUUUGGUUAAUGUUUAUCCUGAGGGUAACAAAGCACAAUCCAGAAAAAUGUAUGCAAUUCUGGAUGAGCAGAGCAACCGCUCAUUGGCAAGAACAGAAUUCUUUGAAGAGUUUCAAAUCAAAGGAUCUUCUUUUCCAUAUUCCCUUAAGACAUGUGCUGGACUAAAAGAGACAACAGGAAGGAGAGCAAGUGGAUACAUUGUGGAGUCAUUGGAUAAGAGUGUAAGUCUUCGUCUUCCAACAUUGCUAGAAUGUAAUCAAAUUCCUAAUGUUCGUUCUGAAAUUCCUACCUCAGAUGCAGCACGUCAUUUUAGUCACCUUAGGGAUAUUGCUGAUGAAAUCCCAGCCCUUGACCCAGAUGCUAACAUCCUGCUCCUUAUUGGCAGGGACCUUAUAAGGGUCCACAAGGUCCGCCAUCAGAUUAAUGGACCACAUGAUGCUCCGUUUGCCCAAAAGUUAGAUCUUGGAUGGGUUGUAGUUGGAGACGUGUGUCUUGGAGGUGCUCAUCGACCUGCUCAUGUAGAUGUUUUUAAGACCACUAUACUUGAAAGUGGUCGCCCCAGUUUCUUUUGGCCCUGUGAAAGUCAGUUACAUGUAAAAGAGCAGUACGGUACAAAACUUCAGUCUCAAGAUUAUCUUGCAUCAAAAAGUGUAAGUGCUUUAGCAACAUGUGCAAGUGAGAAGCUAGGCCAGUCCAUUUUUGUUAGUACAUCGAGAGAUCACAAGCUUGCACUAUCAGUGGAUGAUGACAGAUUCCUUCGCAUAAUGGACAAAGAGUUCUAUCAAGAUGAAUCUAAUAGCUGGGUGGCUCCGUUGCCAUUUCAAGUUCCUAGAAGAAGGCUUCCAAAUAACAAAGAGUAUGCAUACAACCGUCUUUCUUCACUUCGUCGUACUUUGGACAAACGUCCUCAAAUGAAAGAGCAUUUUCUUGAGUUUAUGGAGAAUAUGUUUGCUAAUGGGCAUGCCGAAAUUGCUCUCCCACUUAAGAAAGACCAAGAGUGUUGGUACUUACCUUUGUUUGGUGUUUAUCAUCCGAAGAAGCCGAACAAGAUCCGUGUGGUCUUUGACUCCAGUGCACCUUAUGAUGGAGUCUCAUUGAAUGAUGUCCUACUUAAGGGGCCAGACCUCAAUAAUAGCCUCCUGGGAGUCUUGUUGAGAUUUCGUAGAGAGCCAGUGGCUAUUACCGCUGAUAUCCAGCACAUGUUUCACUGUUUCUUAGUAAGAGAGGAUCACAGAGAUUUCUUGCGUUUUCUCUGGUAUCAAGAUAAUGAUCCAGGUAAAGAAAUAGUGGAAUACAGAAUGUGUGUUCACGUGUUCGGCAAUCGUCCCUCUCCUGCUGUUGCUAUAUAUGGUUUGCACAGAACAGCUAAAGAGGAGGAAAAGAACUUUGAGAACGAAGUGAAGGAGUUUGUUGAACAUGAUUUCUAUGUUGACGAUGCUCUGAAAUCCUUCCCGACUGAAGCAGCAGCAAUCAAUGUUCUCAAGCGAACUCAAGACAUGCUUGCAGUAGCAAACCUUAGGCUACAUAAAAUAAUCUCUAAUCGACCUGCAGUGAUUGAUGCAUUUCACCCUGAGGAUCGGGCUGUGGAUAUCAAAGAUGUUGACCUUUUCUUUGAAGAUACUCCAGUCCAGCGUAGUCUAGGAGUGUCAUGGAACUUGGCAUCAGAUACAUUUACUUUCCAAGCCAUUGAUGAUAAGAAGCCAUUCACUCGGCGAGGUGUACUGUCAACAGUAAACAGCUUAUAUGAUCCAUGUGGUUUCAUUGCUCCUGUAACCAUUAAAGGCAGAUUGUUGCUUCGGGAGCUCUCCAUGCAGGCUGAAGAUUGGGAUUCUCCAUUGCCAGAUGAGUUAAAGCCAGAUUGGAUACGAUGGAGGGACUCCUUACAAAACCUGCAAGAUCUAAAGAUACCACGUACUUACUCAUCUUUUCCUACUUCAGAGGUUCAGACAAGGGAGUUGUGUAUAUUUGCAGAUGCAUCUAUGAGAGCUGUUGCAGCUGUAGCUUAUUUGCGUUCCACCUCUCACAAUGGCCGAACAGAUAUUGGCUUUGUGUUUGGAAAGACAAAGUUAGCACCACAGCCAGAUCUGACUGUUCCAAGACUGGAACUCUGUGCUGCAGUCCUUGCAGUUGAGAUCGCAGACAUGGUUGUAGAGGAAAUAGGCUUGAAGUUCAGCAAUAUACAGUUUUACACAGACAGUAAAGUUGUUCUUGGAUAUAUUCAUAAUCAGACAAAACGCUUUUAUGUGUAUGUGAGCAACAGAAUCCAACGCAUUCUUCAGUCAUCUACUCCUAGUCAGUGGAACUAUGUUCCAUCAGAUGUCAAUCCUGCGGAUCAUGGGUCUAGAUCUGUAGCAGCUGAGCAUCUCCAUAGCACAACUUGGCUUACAGGGCCAGACUUUCUUUUGAACUCUUCAACUUUAAACUCAUUGUCCCAAGAAAACUAUGAUCUGGUUGAUCUUGCAUUAGAUCCAGAAAUCCGACCACAAGUGGUUUUAUGUCUAACUGCAGUAUCAAAUCAGUUUCUGACUUCUGAACGUUUUGAACGCUUCUCCAGCUUAAGCAAGCUAAUCAGAGCGAUCGCUCGUUUAAGCCACAUCUCCCAGUCUUUCUCACAUGUAACAAAACAGUCAAGAUGUAGUGGAUGGCAUUUCUGUAGUAACAGUCCCACAAAUGAGGAGUUGGAAAAGGCCAGGAUUGUUAUUCUAAAGAGUGUUCAACAUGCAGCCUAUUCCGAGGAGCUAAGUGAUAUAAAAGCAGGAUGUAAUCUCUCAGCUAGUAGUACUAUACGUAAACUUCAUCCUAUUCUGGAUGACAAAGGUCUUCUGCGUGUUGGUGGCCGUAUUGCACAGGCAGGUUUUGAGAAAGAAGAAUGUAAUCCAGUGAUUAUUCCGGGGAAACAUCAUGUAGCAACCUUGCUUGUUCGACACUACCAUCAAGCAGUCAAGCAUCAAGGAAGGCAUUUUACUGAGGGAGCAAUAAGAGCAGCAGGGUAUUGGCUGACGAGUGCCAAAAGAUGCAUUGGAAGUCUACUUAUCAAGUGUGUAACAUGCAGAAAGCUUCGCCGUCCUACCGAGCUCCAACAAAUGGCAGAUUUGCCUGCAGAAAGACUUCAAGUCGCUCCACCUUUCACAUAUGUAGGAGUCGAUGUAUUUGGACCAUGGCAGGUGAUUUCUCGUCGUACCAGAGGUGGCUGCUCCGAUUCCAAAAGAUGGGCAGUCAUUUUCUCAUGCAUGUGCACAAGAGCAGUGCACAUUGAAGUUGUCGAGACCUUGAGUGCAAGCGGAUUCAUUAAUGCUCUGCGGCGUUUUGUUGCAAUAAGAGGACCUGUCAAACAGAUACGCUCUGAUUGUGGCACAAAUUUUAUUGGAGCAGUGCAGGAGCUCAAGAUGAAUAAAGAAACAUCAAGCCCUGAUCUUGAGAAGUAUUUACAACAAAAUGAUUGUACAUGGAUAUUCAACCCUCCACAUGCAUCACAUAUGGGAGGUGCAUGGGAAAGGAUGGUGGGCAUAGCCAGACGUAUUCUUGACUGCAUGCUGCUAGAAACAAAAUCCCUGCAUCUUACACAUGAAGUUCUUGUAACCCUUAUGGCUGAAGUGUCCGCUAUCAUUAAUGCACGCCCUCUCAUCCCAGUGUCUUCAGAUCCUGAAGCUCCUUUAAUUCUCACCCCUGCUAUUUUGCUGACCCAGAAAACCUGUUCAAGUCCUCCGCCACCUGGUGAGUUUACAGAUAAAGAUCUUUUCAAAGCUGAGUGGAAAAGAGUCCAAAAUCUAGCUGAAACAUUUUGGUCAAGGUGGCGCCGUGAGUAUCUUUCCACUCUACAAAGCAGGCAGAAGUGGCAAGAUAAGAAACCUUGUCUCAAGGAAGGGGACAUUGUGUUGAUGAAAGAUGCCCAGGCUAAGAGAAAUCAGUGGCCUUUGGCUAUCAUUGCAAAAACGCUACCUAGCAAAGAUGGUCUUGUGAGGAAAGUGGAGCUGAAAUUUAUUAGAGAAGGAAUACAGAAAACCUUCAUUCGUCCUAUAUCAGAAGUAGUUCUACUUUACUCCCCCUAAGACACCAAAGUAAUUUUCAGUGGGGUCUUUACAAACCCCAGACGGGGAGUGUGUUGGACUUUAAAUUGUGUUUUAAAGAAGGACUUUUAUUUUGAUAUAGUUUUGACUCUUUCCAGAGUUCUUCCUACUGUUUCCUGUUUUAAGAGGAAGUAGGCCAUAUUACUUUACUGCUUUAGUUUUACAAGGUACUCCAUGUGGUUGCAGUCAUCCAACAUCAUCAUGCCAUUUAAAGCCCUUUGAAAUGCAAUAUCUGUAAGUGAGUUUGUUUAACUUUGUUUAGUGAGCAUUUUGAUUACUUUAUUGCUGUGCUAUUUUCAGUUAAGCAUGUUUGUAACUUUCUAUUUAAGUUUGCUAAGUAUUCAUCUAUGCUGUUGAUAUACAACCUUGUGUAUUUCAGAAUGUUCAUUUAUUUGACGAUUUGUUAACUUUAUGAAAUUUAUAUUUGUGUAUUUUUCUAUUCUUUGUAGUUUCACAUUUUUCAAGAUUAAACUUCAUUAACUGCACUGAGUGGAGUUUAUUGUGGAAGUGUUUAGCGGCUGGAUAACUGAAUUUAUGGAAAACAGUGAGGCCAGUGACAA